GGUUUUGUGUCGAGGUUAUUAAAUAAAUUUUAAACCAUAUUCAGUAUAAAUAUAUCCUUGUAUUUAAAUACUGAAAUACUUUUUAUUGUUCUAAUAUUUAGUAUUUUCUGAUUUCGGUGGUGAAUAACAAACAGUCAAUCAGUCCUUAUUUUGCUCUAUCACCCUGGCUCUCUUAGUGGAACACUAUCGCAGCAGCAACACCAGCGCGAUGGACGAUUCAAUCGACGAGGAAGUCACCUCAGCCGGUGCGACCAUCACCGUGGAGUUUAGUGGUGGAGCCGAAACGCUGUUUGGUGGAGUGAAGGAACACGAGGUGCCACUGGAUGGGUCUAAGAUUGUGCUGCUUGAGGAGAUGCUCCGAUGGCUUCGAGACAACCUGCUGACCGGUGACCCAAGUCUCUUCCUCCAAGAAAAUACCGUGCGGCCCGGUAUACUGGUGAUGAUCAACGACACCGACUGGGAUCUUAUGGGUGAAACUGAGUACAUUCUACAACCGGGAGAUCAUGUCCUGUUCAUUUCCACACUGCAUGGAGGAUGAACGCAGUCCACCGGGACUAAGAUCUGUGAUAAACUUUUGCGUUUGAUUAAACUGUAUCUUAUUGCGAGACAGACGAAGGACAAUCUACGAGUUGACUUAAGAAGUGUACUAAAUAGAGCGGUAAUGAAGUGUUGAUUAUAGACGUUUCUUUUCGCUUCAAUUCAUUAACCAUGAAUGGCGAGGGUAGCCCAUCUGAAUUUUGUUCUAUUUGUUUAAAAAUAGUCAUUUCUUUGUUAAGGAUUAAGUAUCAGCACCUAGCCACAAAUUAAAUUUAGCACGUCAGUAUCUUUUUAUACAAAAAUAAAUUAAUGUAUCCUCAAACGGAGACAAAAAAAGCUGAAAAAUAUAUACUAAUG